AUGAACACCCUAACCCCCUCAACCCUCUACAUACUCCUCCAAUCCCGCUCCUCCCCCUCCACAUUCCACUGGUCCCUCUACCUAACCAACACCCACCCACCCUUCACAACCGGCACGAAGCACGACCUAACCCACCCUCCCUCCCCCUCUCCUGAUCUCGAUCCCCGAACCUGGACUUACAGCAGCUUCCCCAUCGACCUCCUCUCACCAAACGCUGCGAGCCCGGCCAUCGCGGCCGUCAAGGUGGACGUCAUGGACGAUGCGGAGAUGCUCCGGGAGGCGAUGGAGGAGUGUCUGGGGAACGUGCCGCGGGGAUCGUACUCGUCACGGUUUCGGGAGGAGAUGAGCUGCAGGGUGUGGGUGAUGGAGGCCCUGUGGGAGUUGGAUCAGGGGGGGUUUAUUGAUCUUGGGGGACGGGUGAAUGUAUUGGGGAUUCAGGGGUUGGAGAGGGAGGUGGUUAGGGCUGGGUUGGUGGCGAUGUGGAGGGGAGAUUUUGGGGUUUACGAGUUAGGGGAGGAAGGGGUUGGGCUGAGGGAGGUUGGAUGA